AGUACAUGUAUUUGCACAUGCCGAUGACUCGUUGAAGACUGCUGUAAACUACUGUCAGCUGAUUUCUCUCUGUUUCUUUGUGCUGCCAAAUCGAACUUCUUAUUGCUUUGUUUAUUACUGUUGCAUUACACACUACUUAGUCUUCAGAGAAAGACGUCUGACAGCUGCUAAGCUAACACUUUCAUAGAUCAUCACCAGAACCAGCUGCAGUCAUGUCUACUGGUUGUUUAUAUCAGUAUCUUAACUGUUCAAUAUUGAGGGCAGGUCAGCUGCAAAGGGAAGAUCUGUGGGUGAGAAAUGGAAAAAUAAUGAACCCUGAAGUCCUGUUCUUUGUGGAAAAAGUGACUGCUGAUGUGAAGAUUGACUGCAAAGGUCUCAUUAUUUCUCCAGGUUUCAUUGAUGUGCAGAUUAACGGAGGUUUUGGCUGUGACUUCUCCACUGACAGUGACCCGGAGAAGGCUCUGGAAACUGUGGCCAAAGGGUUGCUAUCUCAAGGGGUCACCUCUUUUUGUCCUACUGUUAUUACCUGUCCUUCUGAAUACUAUCAUAAGGUAUUGCCACUGAUAAAAAAGAGAGAUGGAAGCAAGAAGGGUGCUGGUAUUCUUGGAAUUCAUGUGGAAGGACCUUUUAUCAGCAAGGAAAAGAAGGGAGCUCAUCCGGAGCAGCUGAUCAAGGAUUUUGACGGAGGCUUCAAAGAUGUUUUGGAAACAUAUGGUGAUCUCAGCAAUGUGUCCCUGGUUACCUUGGCACCAGAGAAAUCUAAUGCUAAAGAAGUCAUUGAGGAGUUUUGUAAAAGAGGGAUUGUUGUAUCUGUUGGUCAUUCAAUGGCAAAUCUUGCUCAAGGAGAAGCUGCUGUGACAUCCGGUGCAAGAUUUAUCACACAUUUGUUCAAUGCCAUGCUGCCUUUCCAUCACAGAGACCCUCAUUUGGUCGGGUUGCUGACCAGUGAGAAACUUCCCCACAAUAGAAAAGUCUACUAUGGAAUGAUUGCUGAUGGAAUACACACUCACCCAGCUGCUCUGCGCAUCGCUCACAGAGUGAAUCCAAGUGGAAUUGUCCUUGUAACUGAUGCUAUCCGAGCCAUGGGUUUUCCUCCUGGAGAAUAUCCAUUUGGGGAAAUCACCAUUGAAAUCAAAGGAAACCAGUCUCUGUUGAAAGGUUCAAAUACUCUUGCUGGCAGCAUUGCGACCAUGGAUUUCUGUGUCAGACAUUUUGCGAAGGAAACAAGUUGUGGAUCUGUCUUAGCAUUAGAAGCAGCGACUCUACACCCUGCUCAAAUGUUGGGUAUUGAGGACAGAAAAGGAACACUGGACUUUGGGGCUGAUGCUGAUUUUAUCAUGCUGGAUGAUGAACUGAACGUCCAAGCCACAUAUAUUGCUGGAGAGUGUGUUUACACAAAACCCCCACAAAGUUUAUCUGAGCAGCUUAUGACAUAAGUGGUUGUUUUUUUGUUUUUUCCUCCACCCAGUCAACUUUAAUUUGGCAAAGUACAGCUUGUAAGAUGAUAUACAACCCUGGAGUAUUGAUCCGCUUUGGCUUUUUCAAUAUUAGGCCUACUGUUAACUCUCAUUUUUGAUUGUCUCAAACUGCUUGUCUGUAUUCAAUUUUUUGGAACAUUUGUAGUAUACGAUUAGUAAUUUUCCUCCCUCGUGUUUGGAGAGCUAUGCAGAAUUUUUCAAGCGAUUUCUUAUGUAAUUAAUUCAAUUUGUAUUUGGCAUGCAAUAACUUCUUGCAUAAUGUGAAAGAGGAAAUCUCACUUUAUUAUAAUAUGAUCCCCCUGUGAAGGCUUCAAAUCUAAUCUGGCUUCUUCUAGUUUUAUUCUAAACUGCUAUUUAACCCAGUGUGCGACACAAAAUGGAGUCCAUAGCUCUCCCUUUCCAAAGAGGUGGUAGCAGUGGGUUUAGGUACUUAAUGUGCUGCUGCUGGUACCUUGGGUCAAAAGAUCUUCGACCAAAUGACAGCUCAGGGAAUAUGAAUAAGGACUAUCUAUGUCUUUUGCUGAUUUUUUUACUCCGAGAGUUACUGCUGUGGAGUCAAUGAUAGAGGACGCAUUUGAAGCAUUUAUUUAUAGGCUAUGGAAUUAGAUUGUCUUGUUUUCAAUUGGAACCUCAGAGAGCUUUUAAAGCAGUAAGGACACAAAAUUUGGAAACAGUAUACAGCUGAGCAUGGAUAUUUUGCCUGUUUUAAAUUAUCUGUGCUCAGAUGUAUCAUGUACCUAAUCUUGCAUGUUAAUUUGGUCUGCAUUUGCAGCAAGAGAUAUUGUAUAACUGUAUCCGUCAAUCAUUUGGAAUAAUCCUGUACUUUAGUAUUAGUAGCGUAUUACUCUGGACAUUCCACUUGGAUUUUACCAAUGUACAUGAUUAUUUUGUAAUCUUUUUUUGUUUUUCGGCAUUCAGGAAUACCCUUUCCUGACAAAUUGAAGCAUUUAUAAUGUCUCAGAACAGUUAUGAACAUAACUUGCUUUGGCAUUCAACAAAGGGUGGUGGAUUAACCCUUCAAAAUGAUCUUGAAGUUGUUAUGGGCCCUAGUGCGUUAAUCUGUUGGUCCGUUUUCCUGUCGGUCAAAAUACAGUUCUGUUCAGGGUAGGCUACCGGUACCUUUUAAAAUGCCCUGAUCUGUUGGUGUGCAUGUGGUUUUGUAGCCCAUGGCUGCUCUAAGGAGAACUAAUGAACAGAUGGAGGGAAAAAAGCAGACUUACUGUGUGUAUAUAUAUACUCUGUCACAUUUUUAAGUAUACACAUUUCAAAGCUCAAUAAAACAAAUUACACACUGAUUACG